AUGACCAACAGCUCUGAGGGAUCCCUUCCGCUCCCUCCCCCAGAUCCAGUGGAGCGCCCGCCCAGCCCGCCUCCGCCUCCUCCAGAAGAUUUGGCCGCCCCUCCACCGCCGCCAGACAGCCUCGCCCCUCCACCUCCUCCCGAUGAUGUGCCACCCCCGCCGCCAGUUGAGGCCCAGAAGAAGCAGAAGCUAGGAUGGGGCGCAAAGAAACCGGCUGUCACUCCGCUGAGUGUCGAGGACUUGAUACGCAAGAAGAAAGAAGCAGAUGCGGCAACGGCAAAGCCUAAAUUCUUGUCUAAAGCUCAACGAGAGAAACUCGCGCUGGAGAAAAGGGCGCAAGAGGUUGAGGCAGACCGGCAAGCCAAGGCCCGCACCAACGGAGCUGAUCGCAACGGUCUCAUGUCUGCACCAUCCUCGGUGAGGCCCCAAGAACCUCGCAAUAUCCGGGAGGAAUCAGGGCUUCGUCAUGUACCCACCGGGCCGCGAGCGAUGCGCGACGAACCUCCAACUGGGCCUGGUGGUAUGCGGAAGGGAGGCCGACAGCAGCACAAUCAACACAAUCGAGGCCAGGAUAUGCCGCCACCCCCAUCUAAGACUAAAGGCGAAAAGCGUCUAACGGAAGAAGACGAAGCGGCAGCGCUAGCCACAUUGACCAAGCACCGAUACAUGGGAGCCGACCAGACGUCUAACUUCUCGGCAAAGAAGAAGCGCAAGCGUACCGCAGACAGAAAAUUCAACUUCGAGUGGAACACCGAGGAAGACACAAGUGGCGACUAUAACCCCCUAUACCAGCGCCGACAGGAGGCCAAUUUCUUUGGCCGGGGGCGCUUGGCAGGCUUUGGCGAUGAUGUCGCGGAUGAGGUCGCGCGCAAAUACGCAGAGGCACUGGAGACCCACGACAACGAAGCUGGUAGCGCGCGAGCUAAACAAAUGUUGGAGAUGGAACGUCGGCGACGCGAGGACAGUACGCGCACGCAGAUUGACAAGCAUUGGAGUGAGAAGCGCUUGGACCUCAUGCGCGAGCGAGACUGGCGUAUCUUCAAGGAAGAUUUCAACAUUGCCACCAAAGGCGGCAGCGUGCCCAAUCCCAUGCGUUCAUGGGAAGAGAGUCUAUUGCCGAAGCGCUUGUUGGAGCUUGUUGACCGUGUCGGAUAUAAGGACCCAACAGCUAUUCAGCGCGCGGCAAUCCCCAUCGCUAUGCAGUCGCGUGAUUUGAUUGGUGUCGCCGUGACAGGUUCCGGUAAAACCGCCGCAUUCCUACUCCCCCUUUUGGUCUACAUCUCGGCGUUACCGCGGCUUGACGAGAAUGAGUGGCGCAAAAAUGACGGGCCAUACGCUAUUGUUCUAGCACCCACACGUGAAUUGGCGCAGCAGAUCGAGAUCGAAGCCAGAAAAUUCACACAACCCCUUGGAUUCAAUGUGGUCAGUAUUGUCGGUGGCCACUCGCUUGAAGAGCAAGCAUUCAGCCUGCGCGAUGGCGCCGAAAUCAUUAUUGCCACCCCUGGUCGUCUGGUCGACUGUAUCGAGCGUCGCAUGCUGGUCCUCAGCCAGUGCUGCUACGUGAUUAUGGAUGAAGCAGAUCGCAUGAUCGAUCUUGGCUUCGAAGAGCCCGUCAACAAGAUCCUGGAUGCCCUCCCCGUCACGAACGAAAAGCCCGAUACAGAAGAAGCUGAGAAUUCAACCGCGAUGAGCCAACACCAGUACCGCCAGACAAUGAUGUACACAGCCACCAUGCCUGCAGCGGUCGAGCGCAUUGCUCGCAAGUACCUCCGUCGACCAGCCAUUAUCACCAUCGGUGGCGUCGGCGAAGCCGUCGACACAGUUGAGCAGCGUGUGGAGAUGAUCUCUGGCGAAGACAAACGCAAGAAGCGCCUCGGCGAAAUCCUGCAAUCGGGCGAGUUCCGUCCCCCGAUUAUCGUGUUCGUCAACAUCAAGCGAAACUGUGACGCUAUCGCUCGCGAAAUCAAACAAAUGGGCUUCUCCUCGGUUACUCUACACGGAUCCAAAACCCAAGACCAGCGUGAAGCCGCGCUCGCCUCCGUGCGCAACGGCUCGACAGACGUUCUCGUCGCAACUGACCUCGCAGGAAGAGGUAUCGAUGUGCCGGAUGUGUCACUGGUCGUUAACUUCAACAUGGCGACCUCAAUCGAAAGCUACACUCAUCGCGUUGGUCGUACUGGUCGUGCUGGAAAGAGUGGUGUUGCCAUCACCUUCCUGGGCAGCGAGGAUAGCGAUGUUAUGUACGAUCUCAAACAAAUGCUGAUGAAAUCACCUAUCUCGCGUGUCCCCGAGGAACUGCGCAAGCACGAAGCGGCGCAGUCCAAGCCCUCACGCGGUCCUGGCGGGAAGAAGAUCGAGGACAGUUCUGGAUUUGGAGGCAAGGGAGGGUGGGCAUAA